GUUCUCUCUCCCUCCCUCUCCUUUCUCUUCCCCCGCAGACACCGCGGCGGUUUUCCGAGCUCGCGCUUCUCUCAAAUGUCUCUUCGUCAACCCUAACUCAACCUAUUAACCAGUCACUCCCUCGACGAAGGCGGGAUAUUCCGACACCGGCGCUGCGUCUUCUAUCGCUCUUUCGGGAUUCGGAAUCAGCCAUAAGAGAAAACGCGCCUUCGUGCUAGAAAUUGGCGUUUCUGUAGUUGUGGAACUACCGUUUUCUCCGGCGAGAAGGAGGAGAGGGAACUAAUUUAUUUCGUGAAUCAGAGUUCAGAGCAAGAGGUUCUGGUUUUCUGAACUCAAUACAGGUCAGUUCCUCCGGAAACUUCUUUCCGUUUUCUAGCAAUAGGCGAACUAGACCUGGUAGUUUUCUUUAGAGCUUGACCUAAUUAGGCGGUGGUGCGGCUCUGAUAUGUCGACUAGUGAUCUCGAAGCUUUUUUUGGGAAUGUUCUGUAGUGACGGUUUUGAACUUAAGAGUAGUGAAACUCGCUAGUCGGUGGCUUUGUGGAUUUCUUUGGAGCUUAUGUUACGAAAUUGCAGUUGCACUACAAAACCUGGAUUCCGUUUUUUCAUUGUGAUUUUGCUGUAUUUGAGAAUGGUAUUUGAGUUGGUGGUCCUUUGUGGUGCAGAUGAGUCUUGUGACUGAUUCUCCGGUGAGCUCAUCUGGCAGUGAUGAUUUUGCUGAUUUCCUUGACGAUCAUCUUGAUGCUGAAUCUGAUAAUGAAGACGACAAUGGAGAAGCUAAAGAUGAGUUUGCUUCUAGUUCUUCAUCCUCCUCUUCCAGCGAGGAUGAAUGGGAAGAUGAUGAUCAACCUGUAAGCAAGAGGACAAAGAUUUCAGAGGUGGAGAUAGUGCAAAAUGGAGAUGCUGCUGAGGGGUCAGCUUCUCAUGUGAUCGUGGAGCAGAAAUUAGAGGCAUCAUCAAGUGCAUCUGUCAGCAAGAAUGAAUGUACACAUCCAGGGUCUUUUGGUAAAAUGUGCAUAGUUUGCGGAGCACAGGUUGAGGUUUCUGGGGUAUCAUUUGCAAACAUACACAAGGAAAUUUUGAUUGGGAAUGCGGAAGUUGCUCGAUUGCGAGAUACUGAUACCAAGAGUGUGUUGUGCCGCAAGAAGCUUUAUUUGGUACUUGAUUUGGAUCAUACAUUGCUGAAUUCUACUCUUCUUUCUCAUAUGGUCCCGGAAGAAGGGUAUCUAAACAAUCAGAUAGACUCUGUACAAGACUGUCAAAAUGGAAGCCUAUUUAGGUUGAGCUUCAUGCACAUGAUGACCAAGCUUAGGCCCUAUGUGCACACUUUUUUGAAGGAAGCUAGCCAGAUGUUUGAGAUGUAUAUAUACACUAUGGGAGACAAGGCGUAUGCACUGGAAAUGGCCAAAUUACUUGACCCGAAAAAUGAAUACUUCCACGCCAAGGUAAUUUCUCGGGAUGAUGGCGCUCAGAGGCAUCAGAAGAGUCUCGAUAUGGUACUGGGAGAAGAAAGUGCCGUUCUGAUUCUCGACGAUACCGAAAAUGUGUGGCCAAGCCAUCGAGACAACUUGAUACUGAUGGAAAGAUACCAUUUCUUCGCGUCGAGCUGUCGACAAUUUGGGUUCGGAUGCAAUUCCCUCUCUCAGCUGAAAAGCGACGAGAGUGAACACGAAGGAGCACUUGCUGCUGUUCUUAACGUCUUGAGGAGAGUUCACCAUAUCUUCUUCAACGAAUUGGCCGACCAAACCGGUCGACGGGAUGUGAGACAGGUCCUGAAAACUGUUCGGAAAGACAUUCUAAAGGGGUGCAGGAUAGUGUUCAGCCGGGUCUUCCCAUCCCAGUUCCCAGCCGAGAGCCACCAUCUCUGGAAGAUGGCGGAGAAGCUCGGAGCUACGUGCGCCACAGAGGUCGAUCCAUCCGUCACCCACGUAGUUGCCAUGGAUCCCGGUACGAAGAAGUCGCGCUGGGCGCUGGAGAACGACAAGUUCUUGGUCCUCCCGCGGUGGAUCGAGGGGGCUAACUACCUUUGGCAGAGGCUGCCGGAGGAGAAUUUCCCCGUGAAGAGCAAUGAACCCCCCAAGUCGGAAGCUAAGGUCAAAGAUCCUGAUGCUUAGCGCUUUAAACCCUCUGAUCCAAAAGUUUUCUUUCCUGUUUUAGAAACCUCUAAUUGGAAUUCGGCUUAUAGCUUCACUGGAGAUGUACAUAGCAGCUUCCUUUCUAAGUUGGGUAUUACAGAGAAGAACCUUUGUUGCCUGACCGUGGCCGGGGCUUUCUAGAAAGCCCAAUAAGAAGAUACGGGCUCGAGGACACUGUGAUUGGUGGGCCGGCAUUGAUCCGUAGGGCAUUGGGAUCUGGGCCUGGAAAUGCCAGCCUGUUUAGCGACUGUGUUCUUCCCCGUCUUCUCUGUGUGCGUGUGUCCAGCUCAUGGGCUCUUUCUUUGUUGCGUUGGUGCGAAUCAUCGAGAGACUAGAUAUGAUAUUUAACGUGUCAAGAUUAACUGCAUUUUCAUGUGCAACUACAAGUUAACAUUUCAUGUUAAAAGAGAUUUUGUUCUCGAGUCCCUUCCCAGUAAUGAUUUCAUCGUGUUUCAUAUAAGAGUUUGUGAAUGUCAAAUUCAGCUUUUCUCUUGUUGUUAAGCAUGUAGGGAUGGCAACAAAACCCAAACCCACGGCUAUCCACCUGACCCAAUCAGGUCAACGCGAGUAAAAUCCGUGCUGACGGGUUUUGGGCCGGGUUUGGGUUUAAACUCGUUCACUAUUCACCGGGUUGGGUUUGGGUUUAGGCAAACCCGACCCAUGGGUACCCGCCCACACUUAUAUAGUUAAUUUUCUCGGUAUAUCUAAUAUUGUAAACAACUAAUCUUAUUUAUGUUUGUGGAGACAUGUCUAAUUUUUUCUUUCUAAUUGUGUAGAAUGAAGUUGAUGUCAUCCAGUGGAGAGUGAAUAAACUUAAUUGAAAGGA